AGGAAGGAUGUGUUUGUGAGUUCCACAUUAAAGAAACUAGCAGAGGAAAAGAACAACAGCAAGAUUAAGUAAGUAUCAACAUGCUUGAUAGUUGAUAACAUAUAAAAGUUAUAAAAGGUAUAAAAGGAGCUUGAGUGAACAAUUAGGGUUUUCUCAUCGCCGUUGGGUAACCCUUUCAACACCAAACGCGGUCGAAGAAGAAGAAGCUGCCAAAAUGCCUUCACACAAGACAUUCGUCAUCAAGAAGAAGCUCGCGAAGAAGAUGAGACAAAACAGACCCAUCCCUUAUUGGAUUCGCAUGAGAACCGACAACACCAUCAGGUAUAAUGCUAAGCGUCGUCACUGGCGUCGUACCAAGCUUGGAUUCUGAGGUUUUGUGGUUAUAUGGUUUAGUUAUUGUUUUCAAAAAGACAAUGAUUUUUGUUUUGGAGUUUUUAAUGUUUUGAUUAUUGUCUAUUGAGAUUGAGAUCAGUGUUAUUAUUAUGUAAGGAAGUGAUUGUGGUUUUGAAACCACAUUUUAUCUUAUUAAGUGACUUUGAUGAUUUGACUCAUGA